AACCCUUGGUAUAGGUGAGCAAAUAGUAGAUAUUUAGUACAACGACAACUCGUGUGCAAGAUGUACAAAGUUGCUGUUUUAGGAGGUGGUAUCAAUGGAUUUGCGUGCGCAGUCAAAAUUAAGGAAAAAUUUCCUGAGUUCGAAGUGGUGUUGAUAUCGAGUGAUUUCUCCCCGAAUACGACGGGAGAUGGCUCUGGCGGUCUGUGGUACCCGUAUCUUUGUGGUGACACACCAGAAUCUCUGAUCACGAAGUGGGGCUGUGAAACGUACAGUUUUCUAAACAAAUUGUGGUUGGAAGGUGACAAUGGUGUAAUACUUUUACCGAUGUACUAUUUACAUCGGCGGAAGGAAACCUUUAAACUUCCGGCGUGGUCGCCACUCGUUUUCGGAUACCAGGAACUUGGGCCGGCGCAGCUUAGUUAUCUUAGUCAGCGUUAUUCAUCAGACUAUGAAGCCGGUGAGACGUUUACGACCUUCAUAUCUCGUCCGCCGGCCAUCAUCUCUUACCUUCACCGACGGUUUGAGACACUGAACGGCAAGAUACUACACGCCAAGAUAACUUCUUUAUCAGACUACAUUCUGAAGGAAUAUGAUGUUGUGGUGAACUGCACUGGACUUGGGGCUAGGGACAUAGUACCUGACGAAACCGUAUACGCUAUUAGGGGACAAAUAGCUAAGGUGAAGGCGCCAUGGCUCUGUGAAGCCAUUAUAGAUAAGGAUAGAGGGAACUAUAUUCUUCCAAAUUCAGGAUUCUGCGUGCUUGGAGGUACUAACCAAGAGAAUGACUACAAUACUCAAGUAGAUCCCAAGGACUCUGAGAGAAUAUUCAAAGGUUGCAUCGACAUGAUUCCCUCCCUAAAGAACGCGCAGGUAAUGUCGGAGUGGGUGGGACUCCGCCCCGGGCGGCACAAUGUGAGGCUGGAGGCAGAGGAGAGGGGAGAGAAACUAUACAUACACAACUACGGUCAUGGAGGAAGUGGCUUCACAUUAUUUUGGGGCUGUGCAUCCGAUGUUGUCGACAUUUUGGAGCAGAAAUUGAAGCUCAAACUAAAGAAAAGCUCCAAACUUUAGUAGUUACUGUGCAUAAGUGCAGCUAUAAUGCCGGCUCCACUCUAUCGCGGAAGAGUUCGCCGAACUUUGAAGGAUUCUACAUACAUUGCUGGUUUUUCAUUGCGGUAAAUAAAAGCUCUCAUACAAACUUCAUUCCACUUUAUACAAUGUAAAUUAUAUGAUUGCUACAAUUAUUUUCAAAUACAAUAUCUAUUACAUAAGCUCGGUGAUAAAACAUUACCAACUUCAUAAAAACACAAAUUUAACUCACAAAGUGUGAAAUCUCAUGUCUUCAAGGAAGAAAUACUGUUUAUCAUACGAUCUUGAUUUGAUAAAUCGCAAAUAAUUUAAUACAUAAUAAAUUAACAAAAUAUUGUACAACAAGAAACUGCAUUGUUUCAUUAAUUGUAUAGGUAUAUUUUAUGGCUGUUUGAUUGGUUGAACGCUUAGCUGCUAACUUCACAGAAAUCAUUGACAAUCAACUCAGAAGUGUUCGGGCGGGGCUCUCCGCUUGUCUCUGUUGCGGCUGACGUAAGGCGCGGGUUGCCGCAAGUGUACCGUGCGCACGUGAAGUUUGCGGCUGUUUGAUUGGUUGAACGCUUUGCCGCAAACUUCACACUCGUAUGGUUUCACGCCAGUGUGACUCUGUAAUAAAUAUAAUAGGUAUCUAAAAGCUAUAAUAACCUUCUUAGACAAGAACAUUUGUUUUUACAAAGAUAGUGAGAAAGGUGACUAUUCCAAGUGACCUUUUCAAAAUAGAGCGGUUGAAUUUAUUCAUAUCUACUACAUAUACAGAUUUAUCUUAUACUAAAAAAAAUGUCACUCUAAAUAUUCAUAUUUUUGCCAAGCAAGCUGGCCACCAAUAUUCGCGCAAAGAAAUAUAAUUUGAAAAUGGAACAAAGCUGCGGUGAAAGAAAACAUCGUGAGGAAACCUGCACUCUGGUUGGUUAUCAACUUGUAUGUGAAAUGGAGAGGGCUAUGGCAAACCACUCCAUUAAUAGUGCUAAGAAAGUCGUUGUGUGUGUUUCCACGUAACGAUCACCACCCUCAGCCACGAGGAAUACGACUAUGAAGAGAAGUAGAAGAGAAGUAGAUAAUACAGGAAUGUAUGUUACACUAAAAUACUCACUCGAAAAUGCCUAUCUAAGGCUCCUUUGGACUUGAAAGCCUUGAAGCAGACUGUACACGGGUGCGGACGGUGGUCUGAGUGGGUCUUCUGGUGCAUCUGCAGGUUCGUGCGGUUGUGGAACGCUUUGGGGCAGAGCGAACAUUUGUACGCGCGCUCGUCUGUGUGCGUGCGUUUGUGGUACACUAGGAAGGCAUUACCCUGAAACAUUACCUUUGUUCUCAGUAGUUCCUUUAGAAAAACAUUAUUUUUAUUUGUAUUAAUCAAAUUACAAGUCACGCACGAGACUAUCGACGGAAAAGUCGACUACAGUUUCAGUCUUAAAGAAUACUUUUUUUUCAAUACGAGUGCUGUCGUUUGGUUUUUGCUCGUAGUCAACGCGUGAGAAAAGAAAAAUGUCCCUGUAGUAAAGUGUUGACGAGUUUUCUCGUCGGGAGCCGAUCCUGGAUGCACCAUCAAGUAGUGUUUAUCAUAAUAAUAUGCAUUGUCAUGGAAACUGUAGCAACGACGUGGAAAAUAUCAACUCUGUACCUAGGACAAACGGAAGAAAUAAAGGUAUGUAUGUAAAAGAUUUGUUAUAUGUAAAAGUGUUUUGCAUUGGGUAUCUAUAAAUUUAUUUUAAAUAUUAAA